AACUUAAAUCUAGGCACCAAAGUACAACAGUGCUUAAAAUUAAUGUGAUCAACUAGUUUAACAACCCCUCCUCUGCAUCGGUCUACAUUUUGGGGUUCGUGUGGUAAAAGGUAGGCCUAAUACUAUCAAACCUUGUGUUUUCAUAAAUAGAGAUAUGAGGAUUAUACGCAAUAAUCAUGCAGGAGCUUAACUUAUUCCAGAUAAGAUUUAGAUGAGAUUAUGAAAUUAAAUAAAAACCGAACUCGGCGAAACGGGGGCAGUUCAGUUGUGGCAUAGAGACCCAGUGCAGAGUGCAACAUCCUGUGUGCGGUACUUACCACCCAAUGGACUUUAUAUGGGACUAUCUGCAUGUAAUUUCCCAAUAGUCCACGACACCUGUUAGUUUACCUUCAAGACACCCCCAUCAAUGUGCACUACCUAACCCCAAGGACCCAUCAGAACUGGUCCAAAAUCUCAAGGCUCUCUGAUGUUGUUUGUUACACGCCGUAAUCACUAGCAUUUCGCUCCCCCGUCGGUUUGGUGGUAGCCGUUCACUGAGCUGAGAAAGAGAGUGUUUUCUGAGAACAUUUUUCAAGCAUACCUGAGUCAACAUGGCGAGUAAAUGGUUGGGUAUCAUCGCCUGUCUCACAUUGGUUCUAUUUGUGUUAGCGGUUAGUGUUUCCUCAUCCUCCUCGAACUCAAAUGAUGAUGGCUUGGUGAGAUACAAAAGACAAAGUGAUGUGGCUGUAACAUCCAAGACAGCAACUGAUGAUGGAGGAGAAAGUUUGGAAACAACAAAGAAGCCCAAGAAGAAAGGAAAGAAGAACAAGAAAGGAAAGAAGAAAAAUCUUACCACCGAGGAAGUUCCGAUUGAAACGGAAGACACCGAUAGUGAUAUCGUCGCCACUGCUGAAACACCGGGGUCUACUGAUGAUGAUGGGAUGCUGGGAAUCGCUGCCGUACCCCAGGCGCCUCCAUGCAAACCGGUGGUCGACCAAGGCCUGGGUUUGAACUUCACUCUUACAUACGACCCUCCCGUGCUUUACGUUCACGAGGGCCAAAUUAUAAAUAUCACCAUCUCCUACUCCGGAUUAAUAACCCCACGCGCCAUGGUUCUGAAGAGCACCGACGAAGCCAUGUUUGUCAUCCUCAGCAAUGACACUUUCCUAAUGACUCCGAUUGGCACCGACGACAACGUCACAAUGACGGUGACACUGCAAGGGGUUCGUCUGGGUGUCACCGUCCUUCAGGUCAUACUCCUAAACCCAGUCACUUUCGACGUGGAUGACGCUGACGUCUUCACCUAUUUAGUAAAAACCAAGAGAAUACCGCGUUUUAUUGACACUCUGUUUGAUUAUAUGCUCCUGCCCCUGGUUCUAAUCGCGACAUGCGGUAUGGGAUGCAAGCUCGACUUGGACCUCAUCAAAGAGAAGCUUCGCCGUCCCAUCCCAGUCCUAGUCGGCCCUGUGUGCCAGUUCAUAUGCAUGCCCAUCGUCGCCGUGUGUCUGUCCAAACUCUUGGAGUUAGACCCCUUGACGGCAAUGGGGCUCCUGACGGUAGGGUCCUGCCCGGGUGGCGGCCUCAGCAACAUGAUCACUCUCUUAGUGGACGCCGACCUCAUCAUGAGCGUCACCAUGACGUUCGCCUCUACCUGCCUCGCCCUCGGAAUGCUCCCACUAAACCUCUUCAUCUACGGUCGGUUCUUCAUACCCGAAGGCUCCGAAGGCGAAGCCGGGAUGAACCUCCCCAUCAGCAAGAUAGUCAUGCAGAUCUUCUUCCUGACCAUCCCCCUCCUGGUCGGGAUGCUGAUACGACACAAGCUCCCUAAGGUGGCCCAUUAUGUCAUCAAAUCCCUCAACGUUCUCUCACUUACGCUGGUGAUCUUGACCCUUGGUAUCGGGAUAUACUCCAAUGUCUAUGUCAUCUACUCCCCGGGACUAGUUCUCCUCGGUGGUUUCUUGCAUCCAACACUCGGCUUCAUCAUCGGAUUCGUCUUUGCAAAGUUCAUCGCUCGAUUCCCGAUCGACUCCUCCUGCACCGUGAGCAUCGAGACAGGCGUCCAGAACAACUUAAUUGCAAUUUCCCUCAUCAAGCUGUCCUUCGACCAGCCCGAGGCCGACAUCAUGGCCCGUAUGCCGAUCAUCGUUGCCAUCUCAGCUGUUAGCAUCGGCAUCGGGAUGAUCCUCGCCUCCAUACCGAUCAACAGACGGCGAACACGCAACGAGAAACGGGAAAAGGAGCUCAGGUCCGUGAGCGAUAAGUACGACUACAAGCCGGUCGAGUUGGCCGAAGAGACGCCGGAGAAUGGUAUUAACGGCAAGGUACCCAAUGGUGUGGAAGAUGAUGUGGUGUUACCCCAUGAUAUCGUGGUGCUGGAGACCAAACCAAAGGGCAUGGACGAUCCAGAAACUGUGGUGUAGUAUAUUUAGACUUUCCCAUGGUAAAAUGGCUUGAUUUGUUUGUCUCCAUUAUUUUCUCUACCCUUAGGCCUACGGUACAUUUUUAAAGGCGAAAGAGUUCACAAAAGUCGUGGCUAAAAUGUUUCAUCAUGUCGGUUUAAGGCCGUUGUCCAGUCUGUUCUGGGUUGGUUCAUGUAUUUAAUUGUGGUUAUACCCAUAUACAUCGAUGUGUGUAGCACUGUAUACUUAGUACUUCCCGAGUUCUGUGGAAAAAAAAGUCACAUAGGCAUGUUACUCGGGUGGGAUUCGAACCCACGACUUUUAAAGCUGUUGCUAGCGAACCAUUUUCUACCAUCUCUGUCCUUGCCCUGUGUUUUUACUAAGUGGAGAUUUUAUGAAUGAAAUUGGUGGCUUUUAUAAAGGGGCGGGGCACAGGCUGAGAGGGAGGGAAGCUUGAUGGUUUAAUAUACCCGUAAAGUUAUAGCCUUCUAUAGAAACAUGUAUAAAUAUUAUGAUUUAUUUUAGAAAGUGUGAAACAGAAAAUUUUAAUGAUGAAAAUGUUUUUAAAUGUAAUUGUUUAUGUCUUUAAAGCUGACGCAUAGGGGUCUACCAGUAACAUAGAGUGCAACACAUUUUCUUUCUGGCAGUUCAGAAAACACUUACUUAUUUUCGUGUGUAAAGAAUACUGUUAAAGUUUCAUUUACCUGCUGUUUUUUUUGCAUGCCAUAGUACCGGUAGCACAGGAAACGAACUUAAAGGCAAGGUAUACCUUUGGUUUUGGAGCCGUUCAAAUGUAGAUGUAAUACAAUAAAACUGAGAACAAUCUGAGAAUCGUCUCCACAGUAACGCUGCUCAGAUUUAUUUUUGGGCAACGGUUAUUUUUGUUUUACAUAACCACACAACUUCAAAAGCGAAAUGUCUAAACUUUUUUUAACUUUCGAAAGCUGCUUUGUUUUGCCGUACAUUUAAAUAUUACCAAAGAAACAUAAUCUUUCCAUUAACUUUAUAGUGUUAAAUUUGAUGGGACAAACAUUUUUCUUGUUGAUUGAACCAAUAUGCUUAUGUAUAUUAAUUAAGUCAUCAGUAAUGCACGGUCAGUUAUAGAGACUAAAAUUAUUCAAGCGCCAUUUGUAUUGUACUAAACUGCCACCGUUUGAAAUACAGUGGCAUGUAAUUGUUUUAUGUUGAUUGUUAUUGGUGGCCCAUAUAGAUAAACCGUUUUCCAAAUGUUAUGGUUUAAAUGUCAUAAAGUAUCCAGUCAAAUCGUUCAAAUCAUCUACACUGAAAGAUCAAGCAAAUCGAGCGAUGAGAUUGACCAGCUGUGUUUUACCAUGUAGGCUUGGUAUCACCAAUGUUGGUGGCCAUAAAAUAUUAAUACAUUUUGUCAAUAAUGCCAAAGUUGCGUACCGGCCUACUUUAUCUCUAUUUCCUAAGAAUAAUCAAUUUAUUAUCUCAAUUAUUUACAUUUCUGAUUAAUGUUUUUACAAGCUUACUGUGUUUUUCUUUGAAAUUAUAAGUACUCAAUGUAUUUUGCAUUAUCGUCAUUAUAGGCGUAUUAUGUUGUCUAUUAAUUAAACUAUAUUAUUUCAGAAUAUUAA